GCAUAAUAUUUGAUUCCGAUCAUCAUAUACAUUCUUGUUCCCGACUAUAGCACUCCUCAGAACGCGCUCGCCCCGCAAGCCAUGCAAGGCGACCCAUCGUCCCACCCGGUCUACACCUUCCCGCCCCCUCGCGAUACCCGCGCCACGCUGCCGCCGAUCAAUCCUCAUAGCCAUGCGUCAUCGUCCGCGAACGGAACUCGCCGCCUCAAGCUUAACGGUCCGGACUACUUUCGAAUCAUCCUGAAUGACCCUGUCCCAGAACCACCUAGACCGUCCACGUCCCAGUUACCCUCCCAAGAACAGCGGUGGCGCACGCUCGAUGAAACCGAUUACCGGAAUCUGCAGUAUAAUCACGCGACAAACUAUCUGCGACAGCAGCUUUGCCUCCUCCCCAAUGUGCAGGUCAAUUUGUGGGCCAUUGCGGAUCCCGUGGAUGGUGCCAAGCCCUACGCUUCGCUCCCCACCCUGAUCAAACUGGCCAUUCACGGCAGCCCGCAGCGCCGGUUGACCCUGCAGGGAAUCUGCGAUGCGCUCAUCGGGCGCUUCACUUGGUUCCGAAACCAUCAGCAGGACGAUGCAUGGAAGGUUGGACUCGCUCUCCCUACGCAUUUAUCCAUCCAAUUCGUUUCUCAGAACUCCGUCCGGCACAACCUCUCCCUGAACAAAGUAUUCCGCAAGGUGCCCCGCGACAUGAAGCAAAUCGGCAAGGGCUGCUACUGGGAACUCGAUCUGUCCGGCGGGGAAGGCCACAAGCGGCCGAGGAAGCGGCGCAAGCCGGGCGCCCAUCUCAACAGCACCCCGGAGGCCGCUCCGUCGCAUGACACGGACGAAGUAGAGAGCGUGGCGUCGACCGAGGGUACGCCCCGGGACACCUCGUUUGACGAAGCGGAGCCAAGCUCGAUGGCUCUCUCCAGUCCGUACUCGCCACCGCCGUCAAAUCGGUCCGCUUCCCGCGGAAGUUAUCGCAGUCCGGAUAGGCAACGAUAACACACUAUGUGCAUGUGCUUUAAUAUGUGCUGUGCUAUGCUCUUCUGCCUGUUUUCCGGCUUUGCUUUCGAUACCGGAGCAUACCAGCUCGCUAUGUAGUAGUAUAUCCUCCUUAGAAUUUGUAUCAAAUUUAUGUAUGUAUGCCGCAAGGAUCCCAAGCGCGUUGCAGCCUCAGUCGCGACGGAUCAGAGUGCGAAA